UUGGUUUCACAAGCCAGACAUUGAGGGAGGGAGGAAGGCGACUGGAGCUGUUUCUCUUUGAUUGAUUGUUUUGGCCACCGCGGUGGCGUGAGAGUAGCGGUGGGUUCCUCCUCCUCCUUCUCCUCCUGCCGCCUCUGAGCUAAGGAUUGAACAUUAGCAUGAUGCCUCUCUGUCACUCUGCAAUAAAACAUAGUGAAUCAGCCAUGGAGAGAUGCCAUUUUUCACCUACUGGAGGUCUGAGGGUAUUCUUGCACUGGAAGGGUGAGGCAGAAGAACAAUACCAGAUAUACGUGAAAGGGACUUAUUGUGCUGAAGAGAUCUGCAUUGAUAUUGCACAGAAGAUAGGAAUCACACCAAUCUGCUUCAGUUUGUUUGCACUCUAUGACCCAGAGACCAAACUUUGGUUCCCUCCCAACUAUGUCUUUGAUGUUGAUAGUGACAUCAAGAUCACUUUGCAUUUUCGUAUGAGAUACUAUUUCCGAAACUGGCACGGGACAAAUGACAAGGAGCCAGCCAUAUAUCGCAGUAUUCCUCACUUAGCUGACUCAGAGGACAGGUCAUAUAGGAGUGAACAAGGCAAUGCCAUCCUGGAUAAAUCAUCAUUUGCCUAUCUCUUUGAGCAAGGGAAAUAUGACUUCAUCAAUGAUGUUGCCUCCUUAAAAGACCUGCACACUGAGCAGGAAAUUCAUCAAUUUAAAAAUGAGAGCCUGGGAAUGGCUGUUCUCCACCUGUGUCAUCUUGCACUUAAGAAAGGCAUUUCUCUUGAGGUGGCAGAGAAAAAAAGUUUCAAAGAGUGCAUCCCACGGUCCUUUUGCCAACAGAUUCAGCAGAACAAUUUUUUGACCAAGUUCCGCAUAAAGAAUGUUUUCAAGAAAUUCUUGCAACAUUUCCAACAGCAAACAUUGAGCACUGGGAAACUUACAGAACAGGAUCUCAUGCACAAAUACCUAGCUACUUUGGAAAACUUGGCUCCACGUUUUGGGACUGAGCUCUUUGCCGCUGUUUCACUGGAAACAGUUUCAGAGGGUGAGAAGGUCCCACUUUAUAUCAAUGGUGGUCAUACGCAUCUGGAGAACUUCUAUUCCUCUUCUCAUGGUAGCAGGCCUGUCACACAUGAAGUCUUGGUCACAGGCAUUAAUGGGAUUCAGUGGCGGUCUAUCCCUACAGAGAAAUUACAAAGUCAGCCUCAUAAAAUCUAUUUUGGGAGAAAAGUCAAGACUAAGGACCACAAGUCCAAGCAGGCCUACCAACCAGUGGAGCCACGUGAAACUGAAUGGGCACACUUUUGUGACUUUCAAGAGAUCACACAUAUUGUCGUCAAAGACUGCAACAUCAGUAUUCAUCGCCAAGAUAAUAAGUGUCUGGAUUUGACUCUGUCAUCCCAUGAAGCUGCUCUCUCCUUGAUUUCAUUAGUAGAUGGUUACUUCAGAUUAACAGCUGAUUCUAGCCAUUAUCUGUGUCAUGAAGUUGCCCCACCGCGAUUGGUUAUGAGCAUCCAGAAUGGCAUACAUGGACCCAUGCAGGAAGAGUUCAUUCUGGCUAAGCUGAAGCGUGAAGGGCAAGAAGACGGGCUGUAUGCCCUUCGUUGGAGUGUCUUUGAUUUCAACAGAUUGAUUCUAUCAAUACUGAAUAAUGGCCAAAGUAUCAGUACCCAAGGUAAUGCAAACCAUAGACAGUUCCGGAUUCAGAGGAAAGGAAAUUCCUUUGUACUUGAAGGCUGGGAGCAAGAGUUUCCUAGUGUCCAAGAACUAAUAAAUGCUCUCAAAGGCUGUAUUCUAAAAUCUGGAACUGAUAUCUUCAGUUUGAAGAGAUGCUGCCUCCCAAAACCAGGAGAGAUCUCAGACUUGAUCAUCACACGAAAAGUAAAAGACGGCACAAGGCAGAUUCUGAAUUUGACUCAGCUGAGUUUUCAUCAGAUUCGGAAGAAUGAGAUUACACAGAGAGCACACUUGGGACAAGGAACACGAACCAAUAUUUAUGAUGGUAUACUUCAUGUAUGCAGUGGGAUCAAUGGUGACGAUGAGGCAGAGUAUUUUUCUACUGAGCAGAAUAACAAUAGCCGUGAGAUGCAUGUGGUACUCAAGAUGUUGGACCCAAGUCAUAGAGACAUUGCUCUGGCAUUCUUUGAAACAGCCAGCCUGAUGAGCCAGGUGUCCCAUAUCCACUUAGCUUUUGUUCAUGGGGUUUGUGUAUGGAGUUCAGAGAAUAUAAUGGUGGAAGAAUUUAUUGAGCAUGGUCCCCUGGAUGUUUUUUUGCGCAAUAACAAAGGGAGGAUAACAGUAGGCUGGAAAUUCACUAUUGCAACACAAUUAGCUAGUGCCCUCAGUUACCUUGAAGAUAAAAACCUAGUGCAUGGCAAUGUAUGUGCCAAAAACAUCCUGUUGGCCAGGAAAGGUUUGGAAGAUGGCUUGCUGCCCUUCAUUAAGCUCAGUGACCCAGGAGUCAGCUUCACUGUGCUUUCCCAAGAAGAAAGGGUUGACCGGAUCCCAUGGAUUGCUCCAGAGUGUAUCAAAGAUGUAAGCAACCUUAGCACAGCAGCUGACAAAUGGAGUUUUGGGACCACACUGCUAGAAAUAUGUUUUGAUGCAGAUGUGCCGCUAAAAGAACGCACUCCUUCUGAGAAAGAACGUUUUUAUGAGAAGAAGCAUCAUCUUCCAGAGCCAUCCUUCAAAGAACUAGCUACCCUAAUCAGCCAGUGCCUAAACUAUGCUCCUGGAGAGCGACCUUCUUUCCGGACUAUCUUACGAGACCUCACUCAACUGCAGCCACAUAAUCCUCUUGACAUUAGCUCUGUGAAUCCUGCGUUCCCUGUAUCAGACCCUACUGUCUUUCAGAAGCGCUACCUGAAAAAGAUUCGAGAUCUGGGUGAGGGCCACUUUGGUAAAGUGAGCCUGUAUUGUUACGAUCCUGCUAAUGAUGGCACUGGUGAGAUGGUAGCAGUGAAGUCAUUGAAAUCAGGUUGCAGCCAGCAGCUCUUGACUAGUUGGAAAAAGGAGAUUGAGAUCUUGAAGACACUCUACCAUGAGAACAUUGUAAAAUACAAAGGCUGCUGCAGUGAGCAAGGAGAAAAGAUUGUACAGCUUAUCAUGGAAUAUGUGCCUCUGGGAAGUCUGAGGGAUUAUCUUCCCAAACACAAUGUCAGCUUGGCCCACAUUCUCCUCUUUGCCCAACAGAUUUGUGAGGGAAUGGCUUAUCUCCACUCCUUGCACUACAUCCAUAGAGACCUAGCAGCUAGAAAUGUGCUCCUAGAGAAUGAGAAUAUAGUAAAGAUUGGAGAUUUCGGUCUUGCCAAAGCCAUCCCCGAAGGACAUGAAUACUAUCGUGUCUGUGAAGAUGGAGACAGCCCUGUCUUCUGGUAUGCUGUGGAAUGCCUCAAGGAAUGUAAAUUCUAUUAUGCUUCUGAUGUCUGGUCUUUUGGAGUGACUUUAUAUGAACUACUGACACGAUGUGAUUCAAGUCAGAGCCCACCAGCAAGAUUUAUUGAGAUGAUUGGAAUGACUCAGGGUCAGAUGACAGUGCUGCGGCUUAUUGAGUUGUUGGACAGAGGAGAAAGGCUACCCAGUCCAAAAGACUGCCCUUGUGAGAUUUAUCGUCUGAUGAAAAACUGUUGGGAAUUUGAAGCUUCAUUCCGCCCAGCCUUUACAAAUCUAGUGCCCAUUCUCAAAGCCUUCCAUGAAAAGUACAAGACCCAGGCCCCUUCAGUUUUCAAUGUGUGUUGAUGAGAAUGAAGAGAUUUUGUACCAAAGACCAAAGUCUUAUUUGCACUCUGUGUCCUAGUGCUUACAUGUCUGAAAAACCACAGUGCCAUGAAAGUUGCUUCCAAGCGACAGUGAUCUUGAUUCUGACUUUCGCUGUUUUGCGCAAUGUCCCUGCAUUGCCUGGGGCAUAAGGAAAAGCCCAUCCAAUUUCUUUGUCUAGCUGAAAGGCAGAAGCUGCUUAUGAAACUUUGUCCUUUGCUACAUCCAACUGGGAUGCAAGUCAUUUGUAAAGUCUCAUUAUGAGAUGCCCUGGUACAGGAAAACAAGUUGGUAUCUAAUGCAUUUAAUGGACUCUUGAGCUUAUGGUCCGAUGCAGAGUAUGAAGUUGUAAUUCAAAGAACCUUGAAAAUGGAACACAAUAUUUGACUCGCUAUUUGAAAAACCUGUUGUAUCACAUAGAACGGCUUAGCAAACAGAAUGAAAGGCAUUUAUUCCCCAAUUACUCUUUUUACAUCUCUUUAUCACCCAUAGCAUAGCAUUAUUUGCACAUUUACUUGGUAAAUGUCACUCAUCUGCCUAUGUGGAGUCAGAAGCAUCUUUAGCUGACUCAAUGCUGGAGAAGGAAAUAUCUGAUCAUGUCUGUUUACAGAGAUUUUUGUUCCCAAAGAACAAUCCUUACUGUCUCCCAGAGAGACGAAUCGAGAAUUUCCACUAAUGGGGAUUUGCAGCAACUGCCGUAUUUCCCUUUAAAUUUUCUAAGAGCUCAUUGUUUUUUAAACUGAUAUAAAACAAUUGCAUUUUUUCUUGGGCUGAGAACCAUUUCCCAAACUAUUAUUGGAUUGAAAUAACCAAUCCCAAAACUUCACCCCCACCUAUCCCUGGUGUUUGCUAGUCAAAAACUUUGAAUUUGAAGGGAGUUGGAAAGAAACUAUAGGCCUUAAAUAAUACUGAAAAUGAAGACAAGAAAUGCCUUUUGAUCACUAACUAGUUGCUACCUUCUGACAUGUAAGCUUUAUGUAGCAAAAUAAAGGUGGCCUGAGCUGGUAAUCCCACAUCCUGGGAAAAAAAACUAGCUGCCAGAACAA